AGGAGCGAACGGCCCCGGGAAGCGCGUGCGGCGGCUCCCACGAGUGUGAUGCGGCCCAGGCUUGGGGAGAUCUCUGGGUCGCGACGGCUCCGUGGGGUGGCAGAGGGAAGCCAACCUGUGCCGCGUACCCUCAGUCUCUCGCGGGGCCCAGCCCUAGCCGCAACCUACGCUGUUGUCCUUUCCACCAAGGGAGGCCGGGGUGGGGGCGGAGGGAAAUGAGCGGCGCGGAUAUUGGACCUCGGCGCUUUCCGUAGCACGGCCUGGGAGGCGGGCGCUCGGGGUCUGGGGACGGUGACAAAAGGAGGGAAGCGGAGGGCCGUUACAGCCCGGGAAGGUAGAGCGUGGGGUUUGGGCGCCGUUGCUGGGAGGGCCUCUGCUCAGCCGGCCCCUCCUGGCCUCCGCGCAGAUACCUGGCCCGCCUGGCUCAGCGUGCGGAGCGAAGGCUGGGUGAACUCAUGGACCUGAUACUUUUCUCUUGAGAAGUAAACUAGAUCAAAAGGAAAAUGGCAUUUGUUGCAACACAAGGGGCCACCGUGGUUGACCAAACCACUCUGAUGAAAAAAUACCUUCAGUUUGUAGCAGCUCUCACUGAUGUAAAUACCCCUGAUGAAACCAAGUUAAAAAUGAUGCAAGAAGUUAGUGAAAAUUUUGAGAAUGUAACGUCAUCGCCUCAAUAUUCUACAUUCCUGGAACAUAUCAUCCCUCGAUUUCUUACAUUUCUGCAAGAUGGAGAAGUUCAGUUUCUUCAGGAGAAACCAGCCCAGCAACUGCGGAAACUAGUUCUUGAAAUAAUUCAUAGAAUACCAACCAAUGAACAUCUUCGUCCUCAUACGAAAAAUGUUUUGUCUGUGAUGUUUCGCUUUUUAGAGACGGAAAAUGAAGAAAACGUUCUUAUUUGUCUGAGAAUAAUUAUUGAGCUGCAUAAACAGUUCAGGCCAGCUAUCACACAAGAAAUUCAUCAUUUUUUGGAUUUUGUGAAGCAGAUUUACAAGGAGCUUCCAAAAGUAGUGAACCGCUAUUUUGAGAACCCUCAGGUGAUCCCUGAGAACACAGUCCCACCCCCGGAAAUGGUUGGGAUGAUCACAACGAUUGCUGUGAAAGUCAGUCCUGAGCGGGAGGACAGCGAGACAAGGACACACUCCAUUAUUCCAAGAGGAUCCCUCUCUCUGAAAGUGUUGGCGGAACUGCCCAUUAUCGUUGUGCUAAUGUACCAGCUGUACAAACUGAACAUCCACAAUGUCGUCGCUGAGUUUGUGCCCUUGAUCAUGAACACCAUCGCGAUCCAGGUGUCUGCGCAAGCCAGGCAACAUAAGCUCUACAACAAGGAGUUGUAUGCUGACUUUAUUGCUGCUCAGAUUAAAACAUUGUCAUUUUUAGCUUAUAUCAUCAGAAUUUACCAGGAGCUGGUGACGAAGUACUCUCAGCAAAUGGUAAAAGGGAUGUUACAGUUACUUUCAAACUGUCCGGCAGAGACUGCACACCUCAGGAAGGAGCUUCUGAUUGCUGCAAAGCACAUCCUCACGACCGAGCUGAGAAACCAGUUCAUUCCUUGCAUGGACAAGCUGUUUGAUGAAUCUAUACUGAUCGGUUCAGGAUAUACUGCUCGGGAGACUCUCAGGCCCCUUGCCUACAGCACGCUGGCCGACCUGGUACACCAUGUGCGGCAGCACCUGCCGCUCAGCGACCUCUCCCUCGCUGUCCAACUCUUUGCUAAGAACAUCGAUGAUGAGUCCCUGCCCAGCAGUAUCCAGACCAUGUCCUGCAAGCUCCUGCUGAACCUGGUGGACUGCAUCCGCUCCAAGAGUGAACAGGAGAGCGGCAACGGGAGAGAUGUCCUGAUGCGGAUGCUGGAGGUUUUUGUUCUCAAGUUCCACACCAUUGCUCGGUACCAGCUCUCCGCCAUUUUUAAGAAGUGCAAGCCUCAGUCAGAACUCGGAGCCGUGGAAGCAGCUCUGCCUGGGGUGCCCGCUGCCCCUGCAGCUCCGGGCCCUGCCCCCUCCCCGGCACCAGUUCCUACCCCGGCCCCACCCCCACCCCCUCCCCCUACCCCUGCCACCCCUGUGACCCCAGCCCCUGUGCCUCCCUUUGAGAAGCAAGGAGAAAAGGACAAGGAGGACAAGCAGACGUUUCAAGUCACAGAUUGCCGAAGUUUGGUGAAAACCUUGGUCUGUGGAGUCAAGACCAUCACGUGGGGCAUCACUUCCUGUAAAGCGCCUGGUGAAGCUCAGUUCAUUCCCAACAAGCAGUUACAGCCCAAAGAAACUCAGAUUUACAUAAAACUUGUCAAAUAUGCCAUGCAGGCUUUGGAUAUUUAUCAGGUCCAGAUAGCAGGAAAUGGACAGACAUACAUCCGAGUAGCAAACUGCCAGACUGUUAGGAUGAAGGAAGAGAAGGAGGUGUUGGAACACUUCGCUGGCGUGUUCACAAUGAUGAAUCCCUUAACUUUUAAAGAAAUCUUUCAAACUACAGUCCCCUAUAUGGUGGAAAGAAUCUCAAAGAAUUAUGCUCUUCAGAUCGUUGCCAAUUCCUUCUUGGCAAACCCUACUACCUCUGCUCUGUUUGCUACAAUUCUGGUGGAGUAUCUGCUUGACCGCCUGCCAGAAAUGGGCUCCAACGUGGAGCUCUCCAACCUGUACCUCAAGCUGUUUAAGUUGGUCUUUGGCUCGGUCUCCCUCUUUGCAGCUGAAAAUGAACAAAUGCUGAAGCCCCACCUGCACAAGAUCGUGAACAGCUCCAUGGAGCUCGCGCAGACUGCCAAAGAGCCCUACAACUACUUCCUGCUGCUGCGGGCCCUCUUCCGCUCCAUUGGUGGGGGCAGCCACGACCUCCUGUACCAGGAGUUCCUGCCCCUCCUCCCGAACCUCCUGCAAGGGCUGAACAUGCUGCAGAGCGGCCUGCACAAGCAGCACAUGAAGGACCUCUUCGUGGAGCUUUGCCUCACUGUGCCCGUGCGGCUGAGCUCCCUCCUGCCCUACCUGCCCAUGCUCAUGGACCCCCUGGUGUCUGCUCUCAAUGGCUCGCAGACGUUGGUCAGCCAAGGCCUGAGGACGCUGGAGUUGUGUGUGGACAACCUGCAGCCCGAUUUCCUGUACGACCACAUUCAGCCGGUACGCGCAGAGCUCAUGCAGGCCCUGUGGCGCACUUUGCGCAACCCUGCUGACAGCAUCUCUCACGUGGCCUACCGGGUGCUCGGCAAAUUUGGUGGCAGCAACAGGAAGAUGCUGAAGGAAUCCCAGAAGCUGCACUACAUUGUGACUGAAGUUCAAGGCCCCAGUAUUACUGUGGAGUUUUCCGAUUGUAAAGCAUCUCUUCAACUCCCAAUGGAGAAGGCCAUUGAGACUGCACUGGAUUGCCUGAAGAGUGCCAACACGGAGCCCUACUACCGCAGGCAGGCAUGGGAGGUGAUCAAGUGCUUCCUGGUGGCCAUGAUGAGCCUCGAGGACAACAAACAUGCGCUCUACCAGCUCCUCGCACACCCCAACUUCACGGAGAAGACCAUACCUAACGUCAUCAUAUCACAUCGCUACAAAGCACAAGACACUCCGGCUCGCAAGACGUUUGAGCAGGCUCUGACCGGGGCCUUCAUGUCUGCGGUCAUUAAAGACCUCCGGCCCAGUGCCCUGCCCUUCGUGGCCAGCUUGAUCCGCCACUACACCAUGGUGGCCGUCGCCCAGCAGUGUGGUCCGUUCCUGCUGCCUUGCUACCAGGCGGGUGGCCAGCCCAGCACAGCCAUGUUCCACAGUGAGGAGAACGGGUCCAGGGGCAUGGACCCCCUGGUCCUCAUCGACGCCAUAGCGAUCUGCAUGGCAUAUGAAGAGAAGGAGCUGUGCAAGAUCGGGGAGGUGGCCCUUGCUGUGAUUUUCGAUGUUGCGAGUAUCAUCCUGGGCUCCAAGGAGAGGGCGUGCCAGCUGCCUCUGUUUUCUUACAUCGUGGAGCGCCUUUGUGCGUGCUGCUAUGAGCAGGCCUGGUAUGCAAAGCUGGGGGGUGUGGUGUCCAUUAAGUUUCUCAUGGAGCGACUGCCUCUCACCUGGGUCCUGCAGAACCAGCAGACAUUCCUCAAAGCGCUUCUUUUUGUCAUGAUGGACUUAACUGGAGAGGUCUCCAAUGGGGCGGUUGCCAUGGCCAAGACCACCCUGGAGCAGCUUCUGAUGAGGUGUGCAACACCGUUGAAAGACGAGGAGAGAGCGGAGGAGAUCGUGGCCGCUCAGGAGAAGUCUUUUCACCAUGUGACGCACGACUUGGUUCGAGAAGUCACCUCUCCCAACUCUACUGUGAGAAAACAAGCUAUGCAUUCCCUGCAAGUGUUGGCCCAGGUCACUGGGAAGAGUGUGACAGUGAUCAUGGAACCCCACAAAGAGGUCCUCCAGGAUAUGGUCCCACCCAAGAAGCAUUUGCUCAGACACCAGCCCGCCAACGCGCAGAUUGGCCUGAUGGAGGGGAACACGUUCUGCACCACGCUGCAGCCCAGGCUCUUCACGAUGGACCUUAACGUGGUGGAGCAUAAGGUGUUCUACACAGAGCUCUUGAACCUGUGCGAGGCCGAAGACUCAGCUCUGACGAAGCUGCCCUGCUACAAGAGCCUCCCGUCCCUUGUGCCGCUGCGCAUCGCAGCCCUGAAUGCGCUUGCUGCCUGCAAUUACCUUCCUCAGUCCAGGGAGAAGAUUAUUGCCGCACUCUUCAAAGCACUCAACUCCACGAAUAGUGAGCUCCAGGAGGCUGGGGAAGCCUGUAUGAGAAAGUUUUUAGAAGGGGCUACCAUAGAAGUCGAUCAAAUCCACACACACAUGCGACCGUUGCUGAUGAUGCUGGGGGACUAUCGAAGCUUGACGCUGAACGUUGUGAACCGUCUGACUUCAGUCACCAGACUCUUCCCGAACUCCUUCAAUGAUAAGUUUUGUGAUCAGAUGAUGCAACACCUGCGGAAGUGGAUGGAGGUGGUGGUCCUCACCCACAAAGGGGGCCAGAGGAGCGACGGAAACGAAAUGAAAAUUUGUUCGGCAAUCAUAAACCUCUUUCAUCUGAUCCCAGCCGCCCCUCAGACACUGGUCAAACCUUUGUUGGAGGUCGUGAUGAAAACCGAGCGGGCCAUGUUGAUCGAGGCCGGCAGCCCCUUCCGGGAGCCGCUGAUCAGGUUCCUAACGCGGCACCCCUCGCAGACGGUGGAGCUGUUCAUGAUGGAGGCCACGCUGAACGACCCGCAGUGGAGCCGGAUGUUCAUGAGUUUUUUAAAGCACAAGGAUGCCAGACCUCUGCGAGACGUGCUGGCAGCUAACCCCAACAGGUUCAUCGCUCUGCUGGUGCCCGGCGGCACGCAGACCGCUGUGCGCCCCGGCUCGCCCAGCACCAGCACCAUGCGCCUGGACCUGCAGUUUCAGGCCGUUAAGAUCAUCAGUAUUAUAGUGAAAAACAAUGACUCCUGGCUGGCCAAUCAGCAUUCUCUAGUGAGCCAGCUGAAACGCGUAUGGAUCAGUGAGAACUUCCAGGAAAGACACCGGAAGGAGAACAUGGCUGCCACAAACUGGAAGGAGCCCAAGCUGCUGGCCUACUGUCUGCUGAACUACUGCAAGAGGAAUUAUGCAGACAUAGAAUUGCUGUUCCAGCUGCUCCGAGCCUUUACUGGUCGUUUUCUCUGCAACAUGACAUUCUUAAAAGAAUACAUGGAGGAAGAGAUUCCCAAGAAUUACAGCAUCGCUCAAAAACGUGCCCUGUUUUUUUUCUUUGUGGAUUUCAACGAUCCCAGCUUUGGAGAUGAGCUGAAAGCCAAGGUUCUGCAGCAUAUCUUGAAUCCUGCCUUCUUAUACAGCUUUGAGAAGGGGGAAGGAGAGCAGCUCCUAGGACCUCCCAACCCAGAAGGCGACAACCCAGAAAGCAUCACCAGCGUGUUUAUAAGCAAGGCCCUGGACCCAGAGAAGCAGGCGGACAUGCUGGACUCCCUGAGGAUCUAUCUCCUGCAGUACGCCACGCUGCUGGUGGAGCACGCCCCCCACCACAUCCACGACAACAACAAGAACCGCAACAGCAAGCUGCGCCGCCUGAUGACCUUCGCCUGGCCCUGCCUGCUCUCCAAGGCCUGCGUCGACCCGGCCUGCAAAUACAGCGGACACUUGCUUCUGGCGCACAUCAUUGCCAAGUUUGCGAUACAUAAGAAGAUUGUCCUUCAGGUUUUCCACAGUCUUCUCAAGGCCCACGCGAUGGAGGCCCGAGCCAUCGUCAGACAGGCAAUGGCCAUUCUGACUCCAGCUGUGCCGGCCCGGAUGGAGGACGGGCACCAGAUGCUGACCCACUGGACACGCAAGAUCAUCGUGGAGGAGGGGCACACGGUCCCUCAGCUGGUGCACAUUCUGCACUUGAUAGUGCAGCAUUUUAAGGUGUACUACCCGGUGCGGCACCACCUGGUACAGCACAUGGUCAGUGCCAUGCAGAGGUUGGGCUUCACCCCCAGCGUCACCAUCGAGCAGAGAAGGCUGGCCGUGGACCUGUCCGAAGUCGUCAUUAAGUGGGAGCUGCAGAGGAUCAAGGACCAACAGCCGGAUUCCGACAUGGACCCGAACUCCAGUGGGGAAGGAGUCAAUUCCGUCUCGUCCUCCAUUAAAAGAGGCCUGUCGGUGGACUCUGCACAGGAAGUGAAACGCUUCAGGACGGCCGCGGGAGCAAUCAGUGCGGUGUUCGGGAGGAGCCAGUCCCUGCCCGGCGCGGACUCCCUACUGGCCAAGCCCAUCGACAAGCAGCACACCGACACCGUGGUGAACUUCCUCAUCCGCGUGGCUUGCCAGGUCAACGACAACACCAGCACGGCCGGGUCUCCUGGAGAAGUGCUGUCCCGCCGGUGUGUGGCCCUCCUAAAGACCGCCCUGCGCCCGGACAUGUGGUCCAAGUCUGAGCUCAAGCUGCAGUGGUUUGACAAGCUGCUGAUGAGUGUGGAGCAGCCCAACCAGGUGAACUAUGGGAACAUUUGCACAGGGUUGGAGGUGCUGAGUUUCCUGCUCACCGUGCUCCAGUCUCCAGCCAUCCUCAGCAGCUUUAAGCCGCUGCAGCGCGGGAUUGCUGCCUGCAUGACGUGCGGGAACACCAAAGUCCUACGAGCUGUGCACAGCCUCCUCUCACGCCUGAUGAGCAUUUUCCCUACAGAGCCAAGCACCUCCAGCGUGGCCUCCAAGUAUGAGGAGCUGGAGUGCCUCUACGCGGCCGUCGGGAAGGUCAUCUACGAAGGGCUCACCAACUACGAGAAGGCCACGAGCGCGAAUCCCUCCCAGCUAUUUGGGACCCUUAUGAUCCUGAAGUCGGCCUGCAGCAACAACCCGAGCUACAUCGACAGGCUGAUCUCGGUCUUCAUGCGCUCCCUGCAGAAGAUGGUGCGGGAGCACCUCAACCCCCAGGCGGCCUCCGGCAGCACAGAGGCAACCUCAGGAACUAGUGAGCUGGUGAUGCUGAGUCUGGAGCUGGUGAAAACACGCCUGGCGGUGAUGAGCAUGGAGAUGAGGAAGAACUUCAUCCAGGCCAUCCUGACCUCCCUCAUUGAAAAGUCACCCGAUGCCAAGAUCCUCCGGGCCGUGGUUAAGAUUGUGGAAGAAUGGGUCAAAAAUAACUCCCCAAUGGCAGCCAAUCAGACACCUACACUCCGGGAGAAGUCCAUUUUGCUUGUGAAAAUGAUGACCUACAUAGAAAAGCGUUUUCCAGAUGACCUUGAAUUAAAUGCACAGUUCUUAGACCUCGUUAACUACGUCUACAGGGACGAGACCCUGUGUGGCAGUGAGCUGACGGCAAAGCUUGAGCCCGCCUUUCUCUCUGGGCUGCGGUGUGCCCAGCCGCUCAUCAGGGCAAAGUUCUUCGAGGUGUUUGACAACUCCAUGAAACGCCGGGUCUAUGAGCGCCUGCUCUAUGUGACCUGCUCCCAGAACUGGGAGGCCAUGGGCAGCCAUUUCUGGAUUAAGCAGUGCAUCGAGCUCCUCUUGGCCGUGUGUGAGAAGAGCACUCCCAUUGGCACCAGCUGCCAUGGAGCCAUGCUCCCGUCCAUCACCAAUGUCAUCAACCUGGCCGACAGCCAUGACCGCGCGGCCUUCGCCAUGGUCACGCAUGUGAAGCAGGAGCCACGGGAGCGAGAGAACAGCGAGUCCAAAGAGGAGGACGUGGAGAUCGACAUUGAACUGGCCCCCGGCGACCAGACCAGCACGCCCAAGACCAAGGAGCUCUCCGAGAAGGACAUUGGCAACCAGCUGCACAUGCUGACCAACCGGCAUGACAAGUUCCUUGACACCCUGCGGGAGGUGAAGACAGGGGCGCUGCUCAGUGCCUUUGUCCAGCUGUGUCACAUCUCCACCACCCUGGCAGAGAGGACCUGGGUCCAGCUUUUCCCCAGACUCUGGAAAAUUCUGUCUGAUAGACAGCAGCAUGCUCUCGCUGGGGAGAUCAGCCCGUUCCUGUGCAGCGGCAGCCACCAGGUGCAGCGGGACUGCCAGCCCAGUGCGCUGAACUGCUUUGUGGAGGCCAUGUCGCAGUGCGUCCCGCCCAUCCCCAUCCGGCCCUGCGUUCUGAAGUACCUGGGGAAGACCCACAACCUUUGGCUCCGCUCCACAUUGAUGCUGGAGCACCAGGCCUUUGAGAAAGGUCUGAGCCUGCAGAUUAAGCCGAAGCAAACCACGGAAUUUUAUGAGCAGGAAAGCAUAACGCCGCCCCAGCAGGAGAUACUGGACUCGCUCGCAGAGCUGUAUUCUUUGCUGCAAGAGGAAGACAUGUGGGCUGGCUUGUGGCAGAAGCGUUGCAAGUACUCUGAGACGGCGACAGCUAUUGCGUACGAGCAGCACGGGUUCUUCGAGCAGGCACAAGAGUCCUACGAAAAAGCCAUGGAUAAAGCCAAAAAAGAACACGAGAGGAGUAAUGCAUCCCCUGCGAUUUUCCCCGAGUACCAGCUUUGGGAGGACCACUGGAUUCGGUGCUCCAAGGAGCUGAACCAGUGGGAGGCCCUGACGGAGUACGGCCAGUCCAAGGGGCACAUCAACCCCUACCUCGUGCUGGAGUGUGCUUGGCGGGUGUCGAACUGGACUGCCAUGAAGGAGGCGCUGGUGCAGGUGGAAGUCAGCUGUCCCAAGGAGAUGGCCUGGAAGGUCAACAUGUACCGAGGAUACCUGGCCAUCUGCCACCCCGAGGAGCAGCAGCUCAGCUUCAUCGAGCGCCUAGUGGAGAUGGCCAGCGGCCUGGCCAUCCGUGAGUGGCGGAGGCUGCCCCACGUGGUGUCCCACGUGCACACUCCGCUUCUCCAGGCCGCCCAGCAAAUCAUUGAGCUCCAGGAAGCCGCGCAGAUAAACGCGGGCUUGCAGCCAACCAACCUGGGGCGGAGCAACAGCCUGCACGACAUGAAGACGGUGGUGAAGACCUGGAGGAACAGGCUGCCCAUCGUGUCUGACGACCUGUCCCACUGGAGCAGCGUCUUCAUGUGGCGGCAGCACCAUUACCAGGCUAUUGUGACGGCCUAUGAAAACAGUUCUCAGCACGACCCAAGCUCUAACAACGCUAUGCUCGGGGUGCACGCCUCCGCCUCGGCGAUCAUCCAGUACGGGAAAAUUGCCCGGAAGCAAGGGCUGGUCAACGUGGCCCUGGACAUCCUGAGUCGCAUUCACACCAUCCCCACCGUUCCCAUUGUGGACUGCUUCCAGAAGAUCCGGCAGCAGGUCAAAUGCUACCUGCAGCUGGCGGGAGUCAUGGGGAAGAACGAGUGCAUGCAAGGUCUUGAAGUUAUAGAAUCUACAAACUUGAAAUACUUCACGAAAGAGAUGACAGCGGAGUUUUACGCGCUGAAGGGAAUGUUCUUGGCUCAGAUCAACAAGUCUGAAGAAGCGAACAAGGCCUUCUCUGCGGCCGUGCAGAUGCACGACGUGCUGGUGAAAGCAUGGGCCAUGUGGGGCGACUACCUGGAGAACAUCUUCGUCAAGGAGCGGCAGCUGCAUCUUGGAGUGUCUGCCAUCACCUGCUACCUGCACGCGUGCCGGCAUCAAAACGAGAGCAAAUCGAGGAAGUACUUAGCCAAGGUGCUGUGGCUCUUGAGUUUCGAUGACGACAAGAACACUCUGGCGGACGCAGUGGACAAGUACUGCAUCGGCGUGCCGCCCAUCCAGUGGCUGGCCUGGAUCCCCCAGCUGCUCACUUGCCUGGUCGGCUCCGAGGGGAAGCUGCUCCUGAACCUCAUUAGCCAGGUUGGACGAGUGUACCCCCAGGCGGUCUACUUCCCCAUCCGGACCCUGUACCUGACCCUGAAGAUAGAGCAGCGGGAGCGCUACAAGAGCGAUUCUGGACAGCAGCAGCCAAGUUCAGUGGGUAACCAGUCCCAUUCUGCAUCAGAUCCAGGGCCCAUAAGAGCAACAGCCCCCAUGUGGCGCUGCAGCCGAAUCAUGCACAUGCAGCGGGAACUGCACCCCACCCUUCUGUCUUCCCUGGAAGGCAUCGUCGACCAGAUGGUCUGGUUCCGAGAGAACUGGCACGAAGAGGUGCUCAGGCAGCUCCAGCAGGGCCUGGCGAAGUGCUACUCGGUUGCGUUUGAGAAAAGUGGAGCAGUGUCCGAUGCCAAAAUCACCCCCCACACGCUGAACUUCGUCAAGAAGCUGGUGAGCACGUUCGGGGUCGGCCUGGAGAACGUGUCCAACGUCUCCACCAUGUUCUCCAGCGCGGCCUCCGAGUCGCUGGCCCGGCGGGCGCAGGCCACUGCACAGGACCCUGUCUUCCAGAAGCUGAAGGGCCAGUUCACCACCGAUUUUGACUUCAGUGUUCCAGGAUCCAUGAAGCUUCAUAAUCUUAUUUCUAAAUUGAAAAAGUGGAUCAAAAUUCUGGAGGCCAAAACCAAGCAACUUCCAAAGUUCUUCCUCAUAGAAGAGAAGUGUCGGUUUCUGAGCAAUUUCUCGGCACAGACAGCAGAGGUGGAAAUCCCGGGGGAGUUUCUGAUGCCGAAGCCAACACACUAUUAUAUCAAGAUUGCUCGGUUUAUGCCCCGGGUGGAGAUUGUGCAGAAGCACAACACCGCCGCCAGGAGGCUGUACAUCCGUGGGCACAACGGCAAGAUCUACCCAUACCUGGUCAUGAACGACGCCUGCCUGACGGAGUCGCGCAGGGAGGAGCGCGUGCUGCAGUUGCUGCGCCUGCUCAACCCCUGUCUGGAGAAGAGGAAGGAGACGACGAAGCGGCACUUGUUUUUCACAGUCCCGCGAGUCGUGGCAGUGUCCCCACAGAUGCGCCUCGUGGAAGACAACCCCUCAUCUCUCUCCCUUGUGGAGAUCUACAAGCAGCGCUGUGCCAAGAAGGGCAUCGAGCAUGACAAUCCCAUCUCCCGGUACUACGACAGACUGGCCACCGUGCAGGCACGAGGGACGCAGGCCAGCCACCAGGUCCUGCGAGACAUCCUCAAGGAGGUGCAGAGCAAUAUGGUGCCCCGCAGCAUGCUGAAGGAGUGGGCCCUGCACACCUUCCCCAACGCCACCGACUACUGGACCUUCCGGAAGAUGUUCACCAUCCAGCUCGCACUGAUCGGCUUUGCGGAGUUCGUCUUGCAUUUAAAUAGACUCAACCCUGAGAUGCUGCAGAUCGCUCAGGACACCGGCAAACUGAACGUUGCCUACUUCCGGUUUGAUAUAAAUGAUGCGACUGGAGACUUGGAUGCCAACCGUCCCGUCCCUUUUCGCCUCACCCCCAACAUUUCCGAGUUUCUGACCACCAUCGGCGUCUCGGGCCCCUUGACUGCCUCCAUGAUUGCGGUUGCCCGGUGCUUCGCUCAGCCAAACUUCAAGCUGCAGGCCCUCGCAGGCGCAAAGGGAUAUGGGCCGAGCAGAGGGGCAGACAGGCUGGCCCGGGGAGCAGCAUGCGGCGGCAGAUCCAUGUGUCCCUCCGUGGAAGACCAGACAAGAAGCUGGGGCUCGAUGCUGAGGCGUGGCGGCCGCUGCUCCCUGUGGAGGAGGCUUUGCCCGAGCGGUUUCCCCCGCACACAUGGGGAGGGGGGCCUGGGCUGGUUCUCCCUGGGCAGCCGCCCCUGGCCCUUCCUGCUUGAACACGGACUCUUCCGUUCUCCCCUCGCACAGGUGGACGGCAUCCUGAAAACUGUGCUUCGGGAUGAGAUCAUCGCUUGGCACAAGAAAACACAGGAAGACACCUCCUCGCCGCUCUCGGCCGCUGGGCAGCCGGAGAACAUGGAUGGCCAGCAGCUGGUCUCCCUGGUGCAGAAGGCCGUCACGGCCAUCAUGACCCGCCUGCACAACCUCGCCCAGUUCGAAGGCGGCGAAAGCAAAGUGAACACCCUGGUGGCCGCCGCCAACAGCCUGGACAACCUGUGCCGCAUGGACCCGGCCUGGCACCCCUGGCUGUGACACGGCUGCUCCUCCUCCCUACCCGCUCCCGGAAUGUGAAGGGCACCUCCUGGGCUUCCCGCUCCGGGCUCCCAGCUGGCUCCUCCCCUGGGUCACGUGAUCCGGAAGUCCUGGUGCCGGCACUUUGCUGGCCCUGUGCUUGGGAAGGAGGGUGGUUCAGCCGGGAGUGCUGAACUGUGGGGAGGCGGCUCCAAACGCCAGCACAGAUACCACUCUAGGUUUUUAAAAUAACCUCUCAGGAAGGCAGGCCCCGCCUCGGCUCCUGUGUGGGUCCCCGUCCCUCCCUCUGGGUGAGCAAGCAGCCGGCCUGCGGGGACGGUUCCUGGCGUCAUUUGUAAGGCGCAGCAGCGACCCCUCGCAGGACCUCCAUGACGACUGCGCGGAAACCCGCCUGGUCAGAGAGGGGAACUGGGGAGCAAACCUCGCUGGUCCGGCUGGAGCACACACCCCCGUGCUGCACGGAUCAGCGCUGGGCGGCCCCUCGGCCUCUGACAGGCCUCCGGGCAGCGCUGUCCCUGUGCCGUUGGGUGGCCCCGCCGGAGAGCCAGUGUGGGCUCGAGCUUCUUACCGGCCGGCUCUCUGAAUGUCUUCUAGACGUUUACUAUCAUUAUACCCCCAAAUCACCUCUUUCUUCCUAAUUUAAAAAGAACAGCAACAGAAGUUUGUCUGUUAACUCCAGUCUGUGUUCACAUUUUUAUACAUAUGAGUAUUGAGAAUGUUCUAUCUAAAUUUGUACAGUGUGAUUUUUUUAGAAUAAAUAUUUUAUAAAA